CAUUCCUCCCCCCCUCCCCGCAUGCAACUAUGGAAUCAUAGAAGUGUAGAGUUGGAAGGGAUCACGAGGGUCAUCUAGUCCAACCCCUGCAAUUCGGGAAUCUUUUGCUCCACGUGGGGCUCGAACUCACGACCCUGAGAUCAAGCGUCUCAUGCUGUACAGAUUUAUAAAGAAACUCUUUCCGCAUCCUCUCAAGGAUCCAGCUCUCCUUUCCUUCCAAUAUCUCUUCCCAAUUUUGAAUGAACUGUUUACCCCUAUGGGGCUGAGGGCGGGCCGGUGGGCGAGAAGAGGGAGCUUGGCAAUGGCGACUGUGGGAGGCGGGAGAUAAUGGAGAGGCCUCAGUGAAGCCUUCUUACCUGUCCAGCUGCCACAGCCAUGUCGGAUAGGGAGGAGCGCCGCUUUGUGGAGAUCCCGCGGGAGUCGGUGCGGCUGAUGGCCGAGAGCACUGGGGUGGAGCUGACGGACGAGGUGGCCUCCCUCCUGGCUGAAGAUGUCUGUUACCGUCUGCGAGAAGCCACUCAGAACAGUUCCCAGUUCAUGAAACACACCAAACGGAGAAAGCUGACGGUGGAGGACUUCAAUCGCGCUCUGCGCUGGAGCAAUGUCGAGGCAGUGUGUGGCUAUGGCUCUCAGGACGCCCUCCCAUUCCGUGCCAUCAAGGACGGCGAACUGUACUUCCAGGAGGAUCGUGAGGUCAACCUGGUGGAGCUGGCUUUGGCCACCAACAUCCCCAAGGGCUGUGCUGAAGCAGCUGUGAGAGUUCAUGUCUCUUACCUAGAUGGGAAAGGAAACUUGGAACCACAAGGCUCUGUGCCCAGCGCCGUCUCAGCCCUGACAGACGACCUGCUAAAGUAUUACCAGCAUGUGACCCGGGCCGUGUUGGGGGACGACCCCCAGCUGAUGAAGGUGGCUCUUCAGGACCUGCAAACCAAUUCAAAGAUUGCGGCUCUCCUGCCUUACUUUGUCUACGUUGUGAGCGGGGUCAAGUCCGUGAGCCAUGACCUGGAGCAGCUGAACCGCCUUCUGCACGUGGCCAAGAGCCUCAUCCAGAACCCCUACCUGUGCCUGGGCUCCUACGUCAAGAGCCUCAUUGCCAGCGUCAUGUACUGCGUCCUGGAACCCCUGGCGGCUUCUAUCAACCCCCUCAAUGAUCACUGGACCCUGCGUGACUACGCAGCCAUGCUGCUGGGACACAUCUUCUGGACUCACGGUGACUUGGUGAGCGGCCUAUAUCACCAGAUCCUGCUGUCGCUGCAGAAAGUGCUGGCCGAUCCCGUCCGCCCACUCUGUUCCCACUAUGGGGCUGUUGUGGGGCUACAUGCCUUGGGAUGGAAGGCAGUGGAGAGGGUUCUCUAUCCCCACCUCUCCACCUACUGGUCGAACCUGCAGGCCGUGCUUGAUGACUACUCUGUGUCCAAUGCUCAGGUGAAGGCUGAUGGGCACAAAGUCUAUGGAGCCAUCCUGGUGGCAGUGGAGCGGCUCCUGAAGAUGAAGGCACAGGCUGUAUCGGCGCCUGUCCAGGCGGAAGGCUCCGGCGCAGAGGGGCGCUCGCGGGAAGGCUGCCCUUGGCUCAGCCCUCUCCAGGACCCUCAGGUGGAGUUCGGCUUUGGCAUCGCCAGCCACCUGCUCCAGCUGGGCAGCGGUGGGCCCCAGGCCGGUGUGGGCAUCUCCACGGACCCCCCAACCACCUCGUUGAACGAGAUCUACCAGGAGCUGUACUGCUUCUUUGGGGACAGCCUGGCUACCCGUUUCGGCACUGGCUCAGGACUGUGCCCAGCCGAGCCGCUGCCGGCCAGCACUCCCAAGGUGGCGGAUGCCAAAAAGGAGCCGCCAGCCUUUGGGGGCGGGGAGACGGCCCGCAAGAUGCCCCAGCUGACGGCCAACGCCACCGUCAGCCCACGGGAAGAGGAGAGCCCCCGCGGGGAGUUCUCAGCCAGCCGGGCCCACCUGCAGCGCCCUGCCAGCCUGGCUCGGUCGCGCAGCGCCUCUCGCCAGCAGGGGUACCGCCUGGGCGUCCGGGACGUCUUCCAGAAGUGCCGCUUCUCCCCCCAGGGGCCGCCUCGCUUCAGCUUCUUGAUCGCGGGUCGACAGGCGGAGAGGCAGUGCCAGGGGCGCCUCUUCCAGACCUCUUUCCUGCACCACCACGGCCCCGGCCACGUCUCCCGCUACACCCAGAAGCUGCCCAUGAUCGGGAGGACCAAGGCAGCGAAGAAGUGGGCCCACUCGGAAUACUCUCUCUACCUGCCUCUCUGAAAGGGGCCGGCAGGGACCGGCUAGGGUGGCAGCGGCAGCAGCACCCAGCCCUUCUGGGCCAUGUGCAAUGUCAUUUUUAAAAAAAAAUCCCCCAAAGAUGCACACUAUUCAAUUAGAAAUAAAAAUACAAAAUAAUAACCAAACAAAGAAAACAAAUCACGCACCCAUGUGGUGUCUCUCCCCCAAUACUUGCCAUCUCUUAAUCUUUAGGCAAUGUCAUUUUUUUUAAGGGCCACAACCUUUCUCAGGUAGAGCGGCGACCACUUGUGUUUUAUUCCUGGCGAUUUGGGACUUCUCUUUUAUCGGCUCUGCUUCUUUUGAGGGGCACAAUUUCGCCACCGCUUGUGUGAGAGGUUGGGGGCAGGAGAGCAGAGCUGGUUUUACAAAGAUGUCAACCCUGGAACUGUGAAGGGGGAAGGAUUUGGGUUUGGGGCGAGGCUCCCGGCCGGCCUUUACUAAUGUUUGUUUUGCACUACAACUCCCAACAGCCUCAGCUACCACACACUGGCCAAGACUGCUCUAGUUGUUGUCUGCUUGUGAAGGCACUGAGGACAUACUCUGCCUCCUCUUUCUUCUAUGACCACAGAGUGCUCUCGACCUGUUUUCCUUUGCAGUGGGAAACUAUUUUGGAAAUGGGGGCUCCGUUUUCCCUUCCCCCCAUUUCCCUACCGAAAGAGAAAAUUAAUAAAGCAGCCCCUUAUUUCCCUGAUCUUUUUAUAAACUGAUGUCACAGUGGGUCAUGCUGUUAACCAGAAGGUUGUUGGGCCAAGUCCACCCAGGGAUGGCUGUGGGCAGAAUUCCUGCAUUGCGGGGAGGGGGUAGGCCAGAUUAAACUUGGGGUCCCUUCCAACUCUACAAUGCUGUGAUUUUAUUAUUUAAAUUGUGAUCUUUCCCCCAAAAGAAUCCUGGAAGCUAGUUUGUUAAGGGUACUGGGAAUUCUAGUUCCGUGAGGGGUCAAACUACAAUUCCCAAGAUUCUUUGUGUAGGGGUGUGCCUUAAAUGUCCAGUCUGUGUAGCCCUGGACUGAGUGAGACAAAGCAAAGUUUCAGAUUCACUAGUUAGGAAAAAAAAUCUUAAUUUUUUUUUAGGAAGUCACUACCGUAAAAGUUUUGGGAGGGGUCCCUCAGGGUAGCUGUGGACUUGGGGAGGGGCAGGCUUAUAGUGAGUGCAUGAGAUUAUUCCACAGGAAGUGCUUUUUGUAAAAUAAAAUAAAAACCUCAUCCUUUGUGUGUGUCUCUUCUCUCCCUUCAGCACCCCCCCCCAAAAAAAAAAUUUUUCCCUUAUUGGUUGAACACAGGAGUAUUUUGGAACUUACUGUUUCUAAUCCAGUUGGUAAAUCAUAAUAUAGGAAAUUGCCUUCUACCAAGUCAGCCUUUUAAUUUUUAAUUAUUACUGUGACUAUUAUUUAAAUUUGUAUGCUGCUUUUCCAUAUAAAUAUGCUCAGAGCAUCACCCCCAAACAAAAAUACACAUCAAUACUUCAUUGCAAUAGCAAUAAAAUAAUAAACCAUUUCAGAAUAAUGACAAUCCAACAAAUACCUCAGUUUGAUUUUGUGAACAUUAUGAUAAUUUAAGUCAUCAUAGACAAACCAUUAAUCAUUGAAAUGUAUCAUUUAAAAGCCAUUAAGUCAGUAGUCAUCAUUCUUGUGGCAGUGAGUUCCACAGAUCUAUCUAUAUGUGAAAAAAUUCUUUUGUCUGUCCUGAAUCUACUGAUCUCCCAGCCAUUAUUCUAUUCUAUUUUCAGUUCUACUCUUUAAACAAACGGGGAUGUUCUCUGGCUGCUUUCUCAACACCAUACAACCCCCACCCCACCCCUAAAAAUAUCCACAUAUUUUAGCCUUUCUAAAGGUGCUGUAAUCCUCACUUAUCCUGAUUCUGCUUUUGUCCCAUUUCCUGAACUCUGCUGAGCAGCCACUGCCUCUCACCUAUUGCACAGGGUUGUGAGGAAGGGGGGAAACACUGUACACCACCCUGAGCUCCCUGGAGAAAAUGCAAGAAAAAUAAAAUUCAAUGGAAAAAAUACCCUCUCAUUAUGUGUGUGUGUUAUAAUCAGUGCCGGAUUUAUGUAUAAGCCGAACAAGCUAUAGCUUAGGACCCCCCACUCUUGGGCCCCCCCAAAAAUUUAAAGGAAAAAAACCUGGGUGUACUUUCCCAAAAUAUAAGAUAAAAAACAAAACCUACAUACAUCAACAGUGUUUUGUGUUGUGUAGGCUCCUAUGACGUAAGUA